UAGAUACUUGGCAUCAGCCCCCCGAAGUGUAACCUCCCUAGGAGAACCCAAGGGCCACUGCUCCCUACCUUUCCUUUCUGUCUUGUCACCGAGUUGGGCUGAAACCCACUAGUUCCUGAAGUGAUGAAGGGUCAGGGACUCCUAGUGGGUCUGCUUUCAGUUAGGGACUGGCCCCAGCACCAGGGAGGGCACCACAGAAUUAAGUUAAAGGGACUGCCCAGUUUGUGGGUGGGGUCAGAGCUAACUUCCAGCCUCCUGCUGACCCUGCCAUAGCAGGUUGUAGCUGGGAAAAAGACUUGGCCCGGGCUUCCCUGGUGGCGCAGUGGUUGAGAGUCUGCCUGCCGAUGCAGGGGACACGGGUUCAUGCCCCGGUCCAGGAAGAUCCCACAUGCCGCAGAGCGGCUGGGCCCGUGAUCCAUGGCCGCUGAGCCUGCACGUCCGGAGCCUGUGCUCCGCCACGGGAGAGGCCACAACAGUGAGAGGCCCGUGUACCUCAAAAAAAAAAAAAAAAAAAAAAAGAGACUUGGCCCUAUCUUUGGAGAAGCCAAAGGGGAGAGAUGGGUGCAUACCUGGAAGAAUUUGUUUCUUCCUUCCCAGGCCUCUGGAUUGACUGGUCCAGAAAAGACUCCAAAGUGUGUGACAGCCAGCCAGCUGAAGAUUUGUGACAAGAUGAUGGUGCCUCAGUGGGUGCACCCGAGCUCUGGGGUACAAGUCCAGACUGGAGGGUGGGUGAGAGACCCUAAGGCCUCUGGUACUAGAAAUUCAAGAUGAGUGACCUCUGGGUUGUGGCCACCUUCAAGAAUGGACCCAGGCUCUUGAGGCAUUUCCUCACAAUGUCUACAUUGAGAACCCUGACAAAAGAGUACCCUGUCCAGCCCUGGGCCUACACCUCAGAAUCCCUCAGGAUACUCAGAUUUCCUGAGUAUCCACAAGACAAGCUCCAGGGAAGGAGCCCCCAAGCCUUACCCUGGACAGGAGCGGGAGAAGCUCGAGUCGUUCAGCCUGGGAGGGGGAUUAGUCCCUACUCUCCGAGCUUAGGGUCGCUCCUGAUUGUUGCAGCCGCCCUGCAGCAGAAAGAUGCCCAGGGAGGUGUGAGUCCCCAUCCCAAGAGUAGGCCUGCCCCAUAGAGGGUAGCUGGUGACAGAGCAGAAGGUUGUAGAAGGUACCCCUGCAACAACCACAUAAGGGCUGGAUUACUGGGUGAUGAUCAGUUUAUGUUUAAAAUAUAGAGCAGGACAGGAGGGUUCAAAUCUCCAGACCAGGAGUGGGAAAUUCUUCAGGGUGCCAGGGGCACUAAACUUAGCAGCUUGCCCCCACCCUAGGCUGUCCCCGGCUUCCUGGAAAGGACAGGAGGAGGAAGAUAAGGAAUAGUUUUGCAUUGGGUGGGGAGGGGGGUGGCUAGGGGAAGAGGGGGUGAGGGCUGGAUAUGGGAUUUAAAAAGAAGGGACAGGAAGGUAAAGGGAGGUCGGGGCUUUAGCAAGAGGAUGGGAUGCAGAGGGUGUAGGGGUUGGGGAGGGGGGGUUUCUUCCAGGCCCACAAUAGAGAGAAACUGGCAUUUGAAUAGAACAAAGGAGAGGUAACUGAGCUCUUGAAUCUUAUGUCUCAAUAAGCCAGGGGCUGGAAACCCCAGGUCCCUGCUGGUAAGAGGCUGGCAUGUCUGGGACAGGACUAGGCAAAAACAGGAACGUAAGAUUUCUUGGGUCUCUUACCUGUUGGACAGCAGCAACCUGGCACCAAAGAACUUUUAUCUUCCCUCACCUGCCCUCCAUAUCCACCCCAUCCUUCCUCCCUAUCUCAUCUUCCUGGGGAAAGCAACCCACACCUCAGUAUCCCCAAGGCAACCACCAAAAAGGGCCUUCUCCCAGCUUCGCAGUCUGAAUGUGACCGGCCCAGGCAAGACUCCUCCUCAGUCAGAAGGGCCUGCUUUAGGGAGCCAUUCCCAUCAAUUUUUCCUAAUAAGACAAGCAGGCUAGGGCAGGAAGCGGGCAGGGGGAAAUGAAGGCAAGUUGGUGCUGGCCUGCCAUCUGCUCCCAGCCCACCCACAACUCCCCCAUCAGAAUUUGGGUGUGCUAGUGUGACCGUGUGGUUGGACGAUUGUGAAAACACAACCGUGUGGGAGUGGAACUUUGAGUAUAACUGGGACUGUAUGAUUCCAUCCGGGGUUGUCUGACCAUGUGAGGUUGAUCGAGUGACUGAGGUGUGACUGUGAAUGUGUAACUAUGAGUAUGUGAGUGUUAAUGUCCAUCAUUGGAUGCCACUGUGGAUCCUUGGCCGCCCUUACUCAGUUACUGUACCAUCAGUCCCCACGUGCACAAUCCCCUCCCCAGCUUCUCUGCCCAGGAUUUAGGAGCCCAUGGGAAAUUACUGUCCUAAAAGAGGAGGGGGUCUGUGGCACAGGGGUCUCUGGUAAUUAGGGCCCAGGAGUGUCACAGGAUGAGCAAUACAUCUUCACCUGCCGCUGACUCACCUGGUGCCCCAGGUAAAAGGCACCCAGAUAAAAGGUAGGGAAGGAGGCAGAGAAAGAAGGAAGUAUCCAGGCUGAGCAUCAUGAAGGGGCCCUCACCCACCAGCAGCCUCCUGCUGCUACUGUUGCUCCUAAGCCCAGACCCUGGAGGAGCAUUGCCACUGGCACCCAGCACUACAUCAUGCUGUACUCAGUUCUACUGACAGCCACUCUCAAGCAAACUACCGAGGAAGGUCAUCCGAGUGGAAUUUCAGGAAGCUGAUGGGGACUGUCACCUCCAGGCCUUCGUGUUUCACCUGUCUCGACGCAGCAUCUGCAUCCACCCCCAGAACCGCAGCCUGACUCUGUGAUUUGACUGCCAAGGGAAGAGGCUCCAGGGGACUCUGCAACUGAGUUUGGAGAUGAUAGGGAAAAUGGGCCGGGGCCCCCAGUAG